GCUUCGCCGCACGGCACAAAAAAUCACGGGCGCCUCCUCCCCUUCCCCCUCCGUACGUUUCCGCGUCCCGAUCCAUAGCACCAGCUGACGCCGCCGACACAGCUUGUCCUUCUCCCGCCUCGGCUCGCCGGGCCAAUCGAUCCUCGCCCGUCCUCGACACCUCACCGGCGGCGCAGCCCACCCGCGAGCAGGCGGGCUCUUCUUACCCGUUGGUGGGGCAGGGCGGCUCGGCGCGGGGAUGGCGGCGAGCGUGCGGGACGACGCGGCGGCGGCGGCGGUGGAGGCGCGCGUGAUGGAUGACCACGAUGGAUGGGCUUCGGACGGCGAGAUGGACGUGGAGGUGGGGGGCGAGUUCAACGGCCGCGACGCCGACCGGAGGGACGGCGGCGCAGACGGCGACGACGAGUACUCGCUGCUCACUAGGAUAUCUGACACAUCAGCAGCUGAAGCAAGGGCAGGAAAGGAUAUACAAGGUAUACCAUGGGAGAGGCUAAACAUAACCAGGCAGGAUUACAGAAAAGCUAGGUUGGAACAGUACAAAAACUAUGAAAACUUCCCUCAAUCCGGAGAGCUCAUGGAGAAGUUGUGCCAGCAAGUGGAGCAGAGCAGCAAGUAUUACGAGUUUCAGCACAACACUAGAUUAGUGAAGCCAUCGAUUCUCCAUUUUCAGCUUAGGAAUUUGCUAUGGGCGACAUCAAAGCAUGAUGUCUAUUUUAUGUCAGAUUCCACAGUAGGCCACUGGUCAUCAUUGUCUCACAAUUUGUCAGAGGUUCUCAACUUCUCAGGGCAUGUUGCUCCAGCGGAGAAACAUCCUGGCAGUUUACUAGAAGGGUUCUCUGGGGUUCAAGUUAGCACACUUGCAGUGAAUGAGGGUUUAUUGGUAGCUGGUGGUUUUCAAGGAGAACUAAUUUGCAAGGGUUUGGCGGACCGUAAUGUUAAAUUUUGCACAAGGACAACUUUGAGUGACAAUGCCAUAACGAAUGCCAUAGAUAUACACAGAUCGACAUGUGGAAGUUUGCGCAUUACGGUAUCCAAUAAUGAUUGCGGUGUUCGUGAAUAUGAUAUGGAAAGAUUUCAGCUCUUGAACCAUUUCCGUUAUAACUGGCCAGUGAAUCACACAUCCGUGAGCCCGGAUUGUAAACUUUUGGCGGUGGUUGGAGAUGAUCGGGACGCUCUUCUUGUGGAUUCACGAAAUGGGAAGGUAACCUCUACCCUAGUUGGCCAUCUGGACUACUCAUUCGCUUCGGCAUGGCACCCAGACGGGCGCACCUUCGCUACCGGGAACCAGGACAAGACCUGCCGCGUCUGGGACAUCCGCAACCCGUCGACCUCGCUCACGGUCCUGAGGGGCAACAUCGGGGCGAUCCGGUGCAUCCGCUACUCCUCCGACGGGCGCUUCCUGGUGUUCUCGGAGCCUGCCGACUUCGUGCACAUCUACAGCGCCGCCGCGGACUACAAGAAGCGGCAGGAGAUCGACUUCUUCGGCGAGGUGUCCGGGAUCACGCUCAGCCCAGACGACGAGUCCCUGUUUGUCGGAGUGUGCGACCGCGUCUACGCCAGCCUGCUGCAGUACAGGAUGAUCCAUGCGUGCGAAUAUCUUGACUCCUUCGUGUGAAGAACGGAGCUUGGUGUUCGCUUGUUAGGCGCUGGCUGUAGAUCACUGCUUCUCGGUGACCCGGUGACCAUUCUGGUGUUGCCUAUCCCGGUGCACUAGUCGAGCGAGUCUGCCUUGUAAAUAGUUAGACAUUGGAGCGUAACAUCGAGGACCAAUAAUGUGUGAACGUAAGCGCAGAGCAAUCUAUGUAUGAUUAGUUGCAGACUCUAGGUAUCUGUUGUAUUAUUCUCGCAAAAGGUUCCUACGAAAGUUCUCUGGGCUUAUAUGCCUUUGUUAGCA